AUGCGCGGAGCCCUAAGAGCACUGAUCCUUUCCUGCCUGGUUCUUUUGGUCCGAGGAGACCCGUGGAGGAUUAGACCGGACUCAGGCAACUGUGAGCUCAACAAGAAACAAACUGACUUGAACUCCUUCUUAUGGACUAUCAAACGAGACCCUCCCUCGUAUUUCUAUGGCACGAUCCAUGUUCCCUACACUCGUGUGUGGGACUUUAUCCCUGAGAACUCCAAGCUGGCCUUCCAGGAAAGCAACAUAGUCUACUUUGAGCUUGACUUGACCGAUCCUUACACCAUCUCUGCCCUGACCAGCUGUCAGCUGCUUCCCCAGGGCGAGAACCUUCAAGACGUUCUACCCAGAGAUAUUUACCGCAGACUCAAACGACACCUGGAGUAUGUAAAACUCAUGAUGCCGUCAUGGAUGACGCCAGAUCAGAGAGGGAAGGGACUCUAUGCGGACUACCUCUUCAACGCCAUUGCUGGAAACUGGGAGAGGAAGCGUCCUGUUUGGGUCAUGUUGAUGGUUAACUCUCUUACUGAGGCGGACAUUAAGACUCGAGGAGUGCCGGUUCUGGACUUGUACCUGGCCCAGGAGGCGGAGAGGAUGAGGAAGAGGACAGGAGCUGUGGAGAAGGUGGAGGAACAGUGUCAUCCCCUCAACGGCCUCAAUUUCUCCCAGGUAAUCUUUGCCCUCAACCAGACUUUAUUACAGCAGGAGUCGUUAAGAGCUGGUAGCCUUCAAGUCCCAUACACAACAGAAGACCUUAUCAGGCACUACAACUGUGGAGACCUGAAUUCCAUCAUCUUUAACCAUGACACCUCACAGGUUCCAAACUUCAAUAAUGUAACACUGCCGCCUAGCGAGCAGGUGACUGCCCAGGAAAUAGACAGUUACUUCAGGCAGGAACUCAUCUACAAGAGGAAUGAACGGAUGGGCAAAAGGGUUAAAGCCCUUCUGGAGGAGUACACAGACAAGAGCUUCUUCUUUGCCUUUGGAGCAGGUCACUUCCUGGGUAACAACACAGUAAUUGAUGUGCUUCGUCGCCAAGGAUACGAGGUAGAGCACACCCCUGCUGGGCAGCCCAUAAACAGGAGAUCAUCAUCCAGAUCAGAUAUGACUGAAAUGGAUGAUCGUAAUGAGGGGUCCCUUCUCCUGGAGCCUUUCCUCCAUGAACUCCCAAACAGUGAGCAGGAUCAGGAGCCCCCGGAGGACGACCACCUAACCCACAUGCUUCUGCCCUCGGACAGCCUGGAACUGCUGGAGAAGGCAGAGAAGAAAAUGUUGAAGAAAAAAAAGAGAAACAAGCAAAAGAAACAGCGGCACAGACAUUUCAAUGAUCUUUGGGUCCGCAUAGAAGAGAGUGCCGUGGCGCAGUCUCCACCUCCCCUUCGCAUCAUCAACGGUUACAUUACAGUCAAGCCUCCAAGUCGAGACACCAACUACUACAAUUAUUUUAACUUGCCCUCUGCCUCACCGCUCUGCUCAUGCUCACCGAUCGUCAUUUGUGCCUCACUUGCACUCAUCCAUCAAACGUGGACCAUGUUGCUCUAG